GACCAUCAUCAUUGGCGAUUUUGGACGCAUAGUGACGGACUUGGAACGGACUCAAGACUUGGCAGCAAAAAAAGACGCUUCAAUCGGGGUAAUAAUAGGAGAUUUCAGCGCAUCGGAUGAAUACAGCCAGCAUCAUGGAUGCUGCGGACUACGCAUGAAGUGGGGCGGUGCGAGCACGAAAUGCGGCGCCAGUCCAAUGCUCAAAAGGAAGCAAGCUGAUGAAUGGACCACACCGGCGGGAUCGCAGUCGUGAUAGACAAGCAUAUCCCUCACUGGGAGUGAAGAAUCAACUCGAAAUCAACGCAUCCAGAACAUCAUGCGCACAUUCGCGGGCCCUGAGUGCAAGGUGCUUAGCAUUGAGUUCAGGCAGGCAGUCAAGAUGGGCGGCGGUUGCGAGCCCGCGACCAGCUGGAAGAGGAAAGCUCGGUAGUGCCGACCGCGUGGGCGCAUGUAUGCGCUGCGCUGAUCCCGAACCGACGCCGCGAUGGACGCUUGACAACGCAAGUGUACCACUUGUAUGCCGCGAUCAAUUCCACUGCGGAACGGCCAUCGUCAGAAGCCGCUUUCAACUUCAUAGCUUCCCUCUCCCUUCUCAGAGGAGGCGUGCGCAGCCUGCUCGCCCAAAAUUAUUCCCGUCACAUUUGGCACGCUUACGACCGGCCAAGUCGCUUCGGAACGCAUUGCGUAGCCAUCGAAGGCGUCGUGCUCAGGAAAAGCGCCCAAUUGAGGGCGUCAGGGCCAACGAUGACGAGGCGCGUCUGUCCCAAAGACUUGUGGCUCACGAGCAACGGGCAUUCUCGAAGAUGCAAUGCGCAAUGCGCAAAGCCAAAGCCAAUCCCAAUUGUCUUGGAUGACACGCCAACAUCUUAAAGUGAUGGCGUCAUCACCGGCGCAGUCGGUAAGCCUCCUCGUGUGGCAACCAAUCAGCAAAGCGACCUCAACGGUGCACAUUGAUGCUAUCACGACUCUGGCGCAGCUCAACGAAAAAAUAUCGGAGGAGCCAGUCUGGACACCAAGUGAUGCUUUUCUGUGGCAAAGGGUUAGGCGAAGGCGAAC